UCAUAGGACAGUCAGUACGUCGAGAUCUCACCGCAAUUACAGUAGAUGCAACAGAAAUAGAAAUAAAACAAAACGGGAAAUAGUUAUUUAUCAGAAAUCAUUUAUCUGUAAACUACGUAAUAAUAAGCGUGCCAAUAAUGGAUUACAUACAUACAUUCGAUAUCGAUUCUCGUUAUUAUUAAACGACUUAUCAGCACAGUUUUAUGUGAAAUGUGUUUCAAGUCACAGUUAUGUAUUAAACAAAACAACGCAGUCACCUGUUUCUUGUUACAAGUCUAGUGAGUGAUUGUAAAGUGGGCCACAAGAAUCCUGCAUCGUGAAAAACCUGUUCUUAAGUUCCACACCCGCGCACAAUGGAGAAAAGUAAAUUGUUGGAUAAAAAGAAGCAUAAAUCGCCAGGUUUGAAAGUGUACUAUAUGCCCUUUGGAUUCAGAUCGCACAAUAGGCAUCAUAAACACAAAAAAGACAAAUAUUAUGUGCACCAUGGAUACAAAGAAACUGGUCAUAAGACUAGUGCCAUGAUGUCCGGGGAUUCCCCUAACUCGCAAAAGCAUGAACUUUUCGAAUUCAAAGAGGACCGCAAGCCUCCAUCUCCUACAACGUCCAGAGACGCUGCAGUUCAAAUUGAAAAUGCCAAUGCAAAUAACACCGAUCUCGCAGCGGCUUCCGCAUUUUCCGACAAAGUUAACGAUGAAGUUUCAAAGGAGCCGUAUGCUAACGAAGUCCACGAACCACACAAAAAUGAAGACGAAAUACUUGCCACUGCCGAGGAGGUUCCCCUUCGUACCGAAAAAAGGCAAAGUUCUGACGGAAACUACGUUUCCAGAAACGAUAAUUUGAACCGGUUGGACGGAAUAACAAUUAAACCAGUUAAUAAAAAGGAAGAAACCGAGGAGGAUGAAAGUUGCGGAAUCAAGUGCCUUUAUUACACUUUGCAGUGCUGUGAAUGUACUAUUAUGUAAAAGAAAUAUUGGUGCUCUAAUUUUAUACCAAGUUGUGAUACAAAAGACUUUUAUAUACAUAUAACGAUAUAACUCACUCUCAUCAGUGCAAUUUAGUUUAUAAUUUUCGUGACACGUGCCAGAUGGUGUCUGUCUUUCUAAUACAAUUUAUGAGAAUCAACUACGAUACCAGUCUACAAAUAUUAUUCUGAUAAAGCAAUCGCUUUAUCUAAAUAUUUGCAAUAAAUUUUUUUGUAAAAUGUUUAGAAGAACUGUGCAUACUUAACGCUAAAGAAAUAAAUUUUCUGAGUUACUUUGUAAUUCAA